AUGAGGGUCUGUGUCCCCCUGAUAGUGGCCAUGCUCUGUGGCUUGGCCUGGGCUGGAACAACGGAGUCAUGUGCAUCUCGCUGUGAUGAGAACUUUGACCGGGACGCUGCCUGCCAGUGUGACCGCCGGUGUCCCCGGCACGGAGACUGCUGUGAGGACUACGAGCACCUGUGUGCUGGUGAGGAGGACCCCAAAGAUUCAAAUACAUUCCUAGAUCUGGAAGAGGAGAGUGAGGAGACCCCAGCAAGCAACCUGUACUCAGCACCCAACUCCUGCCGAGGCCGCUGCCAUGAAGCCAUUGACAGGCACCAUCCAUGCCACUGUGAUGCCCGCUGCCAGGAGUUUGAGAACUGCUGUGAAGAUUUCGAGAUGCUGUGUGGCAAUGAGGGCUUCUCCCACAGUAGUGAUGCCAUAACCAAGGAGGAGCUUCAGGACAUCUCUGAGAGGAUCUACAAGGCGGAUACCAACAAAGCCCAGAAGGCAGACAUAGUUCUCAAUAGCCAAAACUGCAUCCCCCCCUCUGAGACCGGAGACCAGGUGGAUCGCUGUCCAGAGCCGCUUUUCACCUAUGUUAACGAGAAGCUGUUUUCCAAGCCAACUUAUGCUGCCUUCAUCAACCUCCUCAACAACUACCAGCGGGCCACAGGCCAUGGGGAGCACUUCAGCGCCCAGCAGCUGGCUGAACAGGACACCUUCCUCAGGGAGAUCAUGAAGACUGCUGUCAUGCAGGAACUGUACAGCUUCCUCCAUCAGCAGAAUCGCUACAGCUCAGAGCAAGAGUUCGUCAAUGACCUGAAGAACAUGUGGUUUGGACUUUAUUCAAGAGGCAAAGAAGAGGGAGAUUCAAGUGGCUUUGAGCAUGUCUUCUCAGGUGAAGUAAAAAAAGGCAAGGUCACUGGCUUCCACAACUGGAUCCGCUUCUACAUGCAGGAGAAGGAGGGCCUGGUUGACUACUACAGUCACAUCUAUGAUGGACCCUGGGACUCCUAUCCUGAUGUGCUGGCGAUGCAAUUCAAUUGGGAUGGCUACUAUAAGGAAGUGGGUUCCGCUUUCAUUGGCAGCAGCCCAGAGUUUGAGUUUGCGCUCUACUCCCUGUGCUUCAUCGCCAGGAGAGGCAAAGUCUGCCAGUUAAGCCUGGGCGGCUAUCCUCUGGCCAUCCGGACCUACACCUGGGACAAGUCCACCUACGGAAAUGGCAAGAAGUACAUCGCCACAGCCUAUGUGGUGUCUUCUACCCAUUAG